CGACCUGCUGGCCUGGCCGGCCCAGGAGCGAGCGCUUCCGUGGUAUACCGACCGCCAACGGUGGGGCUACUGCACAAUGAGUGAAAAACUAGCGGCAUGGACUCAGCGACCUGGCGUGUUCGCGGCCACAGCGCUCGUCAACCUAAGCGAGCUGACCGAUGUCGAACUGGACGCGCCCGUGGCCCGUACGUCUAUCAGCCGACCCUGCUCAGCCGACCUUGAUGCUCGUCAUGGAGGGAAAGCUCGCUCACCGCAACGGAACCACGCGAGCCACGAGCAUACCUGGCAACUUAUACACGCGCUGCACUCAGGUCACGAUCACUUACGCCGACAUCGCCCAAAGGCAGAUUUCCGGUUUACGUUGCAAACUGAGCACGUACGAGUUCCCUACCGUUUCAAUCUUCAGAAAACGUCCUUGGCACGUGACCCAGGCUCUGCUGAGUCAGCGGUUCAGACUACGGCGCCCACUAGAGUCGCGGGUCCGCGAGUAUUAGUCAGCCCAAUUGAUUAUGUCAGCACGAAAAAUUACCCCUGAAUUGCCGCGCCCCUGAAUUGCACCACGAGCACUACUCUGGCUACCUAACUACAGUACUUCUGAAUACCGCAAAGGGCAUGCCCUUGAGGUUCUUAUAUGGCCAACUGUGUGGCACUUCGAACACGUGGUUGGGGCCCGACGGGCCUAGGCCUCA